UGGUCCUCCUUCUCUCUCACCCCAGCUCCUCGGUGCGCGCAGAGAGCCGACGCUUGUUUGAUUCCCUUCCAACCUUUCCCGACCACACGAUCACAUUGGCUGGCCAUAUCACUCAGAUUGCUAAACCGAUUGGCCAACUCGGUCAUGACCAAUUGGAAGAUGAAUGUUUUUGGAUGGUGUUGGAUCCUGGCCCUUGUCAUCUGCGUGCCGAGUGAGGUUUUUGUGAAGGGGAGUCUGGAGGUGAAUGAGACCCAGCAGCAACAAACCACACAAGGGAAGCCUAAAAUGGGAAGCGGCAACAACAUGAUAACCACUGCACAGUUUGAGUGCUAUCAAACAAUUAUGAAGGACAACAACACCAAAGUCGAAGGUUCCAAGUCCAUGUGUAACCGCACCUGGGACGGGUGGCUCUGUUGGGAGGAAACAAAAGCAGGCAUCAUCUCAGAGCAGAACUGCCCCAACUCUCACGAGGACUUUGAUACUUCAGAAAUGGCCGUGAAGAUCUGCUCUGACAAUGGCAGUUGGUUCAUCAAUCCCAAAAGCGGCAGGACGUGGUCGAACUACACCCGCUGCAAUGCACAUACCGAACAUGGAAAGAAAACUGCAAUGAAUUUCAUGUACUUGGCGUACUUUGGACAUGGGCUGUCCAUUAUCUCCUUGAUAAUCUCGCUUGGAAUAUUCUUCUAUUUCAAGAGCUUGAGUUGCCAACGGAUCACCCUCCACAAAAACAUGUUCUUUUCCUUUGUUCUGAAUUCUGUUAUAACCAUCAUCUGGUUGAAGAAAAUAGCAUUCAACCAGGAGUUGGUGCUGAGGAAUCCAACAAGUUGCAAGGUGGCCCAUUUAAUACACCUGUACCUGUUUGGCUGUAACUACUUCUGGAUGCUGUGUGAGGGAAUCUACCUGCACACGUUGAUCGUGGUGGCCGUGUUUGCCAGGAAGCAGCACCUGAUGUGGUACUAUCUCUUAGGAUGGGGCUUCCCGCUCAUUCCAGCUUUUAUCUACGCCAUUGCUCGAAACUACUACUACAAUGACAACUGUUGGAUCAGCGCUGACACCUCUCUUCUCCACAUCAUCCAUGGACCCAUCUGUGCUGCGCUCCUGGUGAACCUCUUCUUCCUGCUCAACAUCGUGCGGGUGCUCAUCACCAAGCUGAAGGUGAGCCACCAGGCAGAGUCCAGUCGGUACAUGAAGGCUGUGAGGGCCACCCUGAUCCUCAUCCCGCUCCUCGGCCUCCAGUUUUUACUGCUGUCCUACAAGCCCGCGGGACGCGUAGCCUCCGAGAUCUACGACUACAUCACGCAAAUCUUCAUGCACUACCAGGGCCUUCUGGUUUCCACAAUCUACUGCUUUUUUAAUAAACAGGUGCAAGGGGUUAUACGGCGACGCUGGCAGCGCUACCGCAUUCAGUCUGACGGCGGGCUGGGCUCCCAGUCCUUCGGCCUGAAGUCGGCCACCUGCACAACCACAACAGAGGUGCAGGGCCACGAAAGCAUCAACGGCAACUCAGAACACAGGGGCAAAGGAUUCCACGACCUUGAGACUUCAAUCUUGAAAGCCCAUAACCUUUACUCCUGAACCAAUGGGGGAUCUCUCCUCAAAGGCCCCAAAGCACAGGAGCCUUCAAUGCCCCUUCACUCCACCCCACCAUUGAUAAGUCCUGGGCAGGUUGCUGCCUUUGGAGGUUCCUGCUGCCACUGAUUUGGUCUAGGCCCCCUGCACAGUCCUAGGGCCACUGCAUGGUUCUAGAGGUCCUGCACAUUCCUAGGGCCACUGCAUGGUUCUAUUGCUGCAUUUCCACCGGCGGUUGCACUUCGGCCCAGCACGCCUUGGCCUAGUAGUGAAGGUGUGGUUUAGCCCAGCUCAGUUACUGCUCACGUUUCCACCGCCGUCAGUACUCUUAUAGUAGGGCGGGGUGUAAGCCUGAGGCAAUAGCCGCGGCAGCUAUGUAAGCAUCGUGACCUCAUAGCAGCCUGACACAGUGGAGCCUGUUAAUAAAUCCA